AUGGCAUCUAAUGAAGCAUUAUCAUCAUCAAAUAUUCGCAAAAGAAGCAGCAAAGAAACAAGUAAAGAAUACAGACAAAAAAAGGCAAAAAUUCAUGAAGAACUCCAAAUUGAAAAUACUAACCUAAAAGAUAUAAUAAAACAAAAAGAUGAAGAAGACAAAGAAACAAAAGCUAAAUUAAAAAGCUGCAUGGAAAUGCUGACAUCUAAAGACAAAAAAAUCAACAAACUAAAAGAAAAAAGAAAAAAUCUAAAAGAAACUAAUGAAAAAUUAGUUUCAUCAAAGGAUGAAAUCAUACGAAGUCUUUUACAAAUACUAUCACAAAACACAAAUACAUACGGUUCAUCAGUUUCUUUAGGAACUAUGGCCCAUAAUCCCACAUUGUCCCCAAAUAUUUCAAAUUCACAAACUAAUAAUUCUCCAAAUGUUUCAUUUCAAAUCCCAAAUAUUUCAAAUCCCACAUUGUCCCCAAAUAUUUCAAAUUCGCAAACUAAUAAUUCCCCAAAUAUUUCAUUUCAAAUCCCAAAUAUUUCAAAUUUACAAAAUAUUAAUUCCCCAAAUAUUUCAAAUUCACAAAAUAUUAAUUCCCAAAAUAUUUCAUUUCAAAUCCCAAAUAUUUCAAAUUCACAAAGCAAUAAUUCCCCAAAUAUUUCAAAUUCACAAAAUAAUAAUUCUACAAAUAUUUCAAACUUGCAAGAUGAUAAUUCCUCGAAUAUCACAAACUCGAAAAAUAAUAAUUCUCCAAAUAUUUCAAAUUCACAAAGUAAUAAUUCUACAAAUAUUUCAAACUCGCAAAAUAAUAACAAUUCCCCAAAUAUUUCAAAUUCACAAAAUAGUAACCCUCAUACUAGCAAUGAGGAAUUUACUACAUGUAAUUAUAAUGAUAUUAAUAUUAAAGAUCUUCUACCUUCUUACAGUGUAAAUAAUGAUCCGAUUCAGAUUUCUGAUCACUCCUUUUUUUUUCACGAAAACCCAUAA